UGUAUCAAGGGGGCUAACCCAAUGAACAAUCCUGUCUGUCUUUCCCAAAAUAAGCUGGUGGGAGAGGGAUCGCGUAGUAAGCCAGAGAGAUUGGAGCAGCGAGGUGCACAGCCCCCCCCGCCCCACCUCGGGUUAUAAGUCCUUGGAGUGGGAGCACAACCUGCUUGGAUCCAGAUACACUGCCUGCCUGCCUGACUGACCUGAGUGACUAACUGACUGAGUUCCACUUCACUGCUACUCACUCUCUCUCCCUCUGUGUCCUGCUCCCUUGCUCCUUCCCUCCUACUUUCCACCCUGGAGAGCAAGAGCGCACAGAUUGGGAAGGUGUUCCUCAGACCUGCGUCUGGACAGCUCGAAGACGACACAGAGAGGACGUUUCCCCAUUCUCACCCUUUCAUCACCUCUGUCACUUUUGCCACCUCUGCCCCCCCAAAAAGUACAUGGAUAGAACUUUUUUUCUUUCUCCCUUCCUUCCUUUUUGUUUGUUUUUGUUUUUGCUGGAAGCAGAAAAUUAAAAGUUUUGCAGACAGUUAUCUCAACCUGCAGUUGAAGAUUUUCAGUUUUUAACUUUUGCAUUUUGUUUUUUUUUCUUUUCUUUUCCUUUUUAUUGUUUGCUUGUUAUUCUUGCACCUGCGAGCAGCGCUGGACCAAUUCCGAGUGCCAGAUCUUUGCCCAGGAGGACCCUACUUGUUUGCUGAAAACCUGAUGCCAUCACAUCCCAUGGGAGACACGAGUGGCUGAAGGAGGGAGGUAGAAGAGACCCUGAACCACCUGACGCACACACCUAACACUGCCCUUGCCCAGCGAUCCUCCCCCCCACCCCUGCUCUCCUCCACCGAGUCUCUGAGGAAAGAAAGUUCUUUGCGUGUGACACCUAAAGCCUGGGAUGCUGUUGACCAUGCUGCUGGCUCCUGUCUCUGUGCUACUGAUGCUUGUGGUGCCUGCUUUUGCCGGAGGGUACGCCCCCAUACCCCACAUGAAGUACAUUCAGCCCAUGAUGAAGGGGCCUAUUGGACCUCCGUUUCGCGAGGGCAAAGGACAUUAUGUUGAUAUGCCACCCAUGAUGGAAGUGAAGGGGGAACCCGGCCCCCAAGGGAAACCAGGACCAAGAGGUCCCCCUGGACCACCAGGCGUUCCAGGGAAACCUGGACUGGGAAAGCCUGGUUCCCAAGGCCCACCAGGUCCUCAGGGACCUUCAGGCUUUACGGGAAUUGGUAAGCCUGGACUUCCGGGACUCCCAGGAAAGAUUGGGCCAAAGGGGAUGCCUGGGGUUAAUGGUGAGGUAGGCCCUCGUGGUGAACCAGGUCUCCGUGGUCCUCCCGGGCAUCCUGGGCUUCCUGGCCCAGCUGGACUGUCCUUGAAUGGGAAACCUGGGCUUCCAGGUAUGAGAGGCCCCCCUGGGGUCCAUGGCGAGCCAGGAAUAAAGGGUAUAGCUGGCCCACCAGGUGAUCGUGGGCCUAAGGGCGAGAAUGGAAAUGGGAAUCCAGGGCUUCCAGGUCUAAGGGGUUCUCCUGGCCCAAAAGGGAGUAUUGGACCACCUGGUCCUUCAGGUAUUGGCACACCAGGACUAAAAGGUUUGCCUGGAGUACCUGGUCCUAAAGGUGAUAAUGGACUCCCAGGUGAUCAAGGACUCCCAGGAGAGGCAGGGCCCCCGGGACUACAAGGUUUGCCAGGGCCAGUUGGGUUGGGGAAGCCUGGGCUAGAUGGACUUCCUGGAGCACCAGGUCCACAAGGUCCAAAAGGUGAAUCUGGGGCCAGGGGUACUCCUGGAAUGCCUGGAACUAAUGGCUAUGGAAAACCUGGUCCAAAUGGACUAAAAGGAGAAAAGGGACAUGGUGGAUUUCCAGGUCUCCCGGGGGAUAAAGGAGAACAAGGACCAACUGGACCAGUUGGGAAGCCAGGACUUGAUGGACAACCAGGACCAUCAGGACUUCAAGGUCCAAUGGGAUUGCCAGGAAAACAUGGAAUACCAGGACAGAAGGGAGAGCUCGGGCCCCGGGGGCCUCCUGGACUGCCUGGCCUUCGAGGUGACCAAGGCCCCAAUGGACACUCUGGAAAACCUGGUAUGCCUGGGGAAAAGGGCAUCCCUGGGCCCAAUGGUCCUAUCGGAAAACCUGGACCUAAAGGUGAGGCUGGGCAUAUUGGCCCCCCUGGGAAUCCUGGUAUAACAGGUGCCCCGGGGCCUAAAGGGGAGUCAGGGUUUAUGGGAAUUCCAGGCCCCAGGGGCCAGUCGGGCAUUCCUGGUCUUCAGGGGCCCAUGGGUCCCAUGGGUCCACAGGGUCCCCCUGGCCUAAAGGGUGAACAAGGACUUCCAGGGCCUCCAGGGCUGGGCAAGUUGGGUGAGAAAGGUCCUAUAGGUCCCCAGGGUCCUCCAGGGAAACAAGGCUCCCCUGGACUUAAUGGCAUACCUGGGCCUCCUGGCCCUCCAGGACCCCCUGGGCCUCCAGGAAAUGGCCAUACAGUUGUUGCAGGGCCAGAGAGUUCAAAGUUAGAUGGGGGAGAAAUUCCAGAUGACAGAAAAGGCCCUGCAUAUAGUCAAGUUCCAUUGUCCGCCUCUGUGGCACCAGCCUUCACAGCUGUCCUUACCACACCAUUCCCUCCUUCAGGCAUGCCAAUCAAAUUUGACAGGACCCUCUACAAUGGGCAAAAUGCCUACAGCUCUUCUACUGGCAUAUUCACUGCUCCUUUAUCUGGUAUAUACUACUUUGCAUACCACAUGCAUGUAAAGGGAACUAGCCUGUGGGUAGCAUUGUAUAAGAACAAUGUACCAGCCACUUACACAUAUGAUGAAUACAAGAAAGGCUACAUGGACCAGGCAUCUGGUAGUGCAGUCUUAGAGCUGAAGGAGGGUGACCAGGUAUGGGUCCAGAUGCCUUCAGAUCAGGCAAAUGGCCUAUAUUCUACAGAGUACAUCCAUUCUUCCUUCUCAGGAUUCUUGCUCUGUCCCACAUAACCCUAUCUUUUCCUUAAAAGAUGUUGCUAGAUUGGCACCUCAGUGCAGCCCUUAACCUAAAAUACCUGCAGCCAUUAUAGAAACACAAAACCCAUAAAAUACUCAAUAUUAUUGCCAUAGUCUUUAUCUGUCUCGCCCUCAACAGCACAAGUGAAACAAAAACUUUGUGAAUGAAGUGAGUUUUUAAAGGCAGGGGAAGGAAUUUCAUACUGUGUUCUUUAUUUCAGUGUCCUUCAAAUGUGUGUUUUAGUUGUGUUUUAUGUUUGUGUUUUUUUAAGCUUUUAGCUUAUUUUAAUUAUUAUAUUGUCAUAAUUUUAUUGUUAUUAUUUGGUCCAUGUCAUCAUUGUUGUUGUUGUUGUUUAUUGGAUUCAGACUAUUUAGUGCCUUACUUUUUAAUGUGCUAGAAACCUUCCCGUGUGACUGCACAACCUGCCCACAUGCUCUGACACAAGGACGACAUCACCAAACUCUGAUGGGGGGAGGGGGAGGUCAUCGCUGCAGUCAUGUUGCCCUGGUGUGUUAUUUAAAUCAUGAAUUGCUAGAAUUAUAUUGAAAAGCCAAAAUACAACACAAUAAAUAUAGGCAUACAUUACAAUACCAAAACGAAGUAUUUGGUGUGGUGUGUUACUAUUAAGUUUUACUGAAAUUUUUAGGAUUUUAAAUUGUUGCUACAUAAAAAAAAGUUGUGAUUGAACUCAGCAACAGUUGGUUUUAGGGUGAGAUAUAUUUAAUGAUAGUGAACAUAUGCACCUGUUCAGGGAGUUUUUCUGCUUCACUAUGCAUUUAGUAACCUACAAAUUUCAAAUAAUAGGUCUUCCUCUUUCUUGUAAUUUAGUUUACAUGCAGUUCAGAACAAUUAAUUCUACAAAUAAACAUGACCUCACAUUUAACAAGGUAGACACCUUUAAAUUGCCCUUUAAAGAGAUCAGCACCACCAAGCAAGACCCCUGCAUCACCCCCCACUAUCAUUCUUUAGGACAUUGUUAAAAAUGUACACAGUCAGUGUUCACAGGCCAGAAAAUAGAUAGUGUCUAUGGACAAAUGGACAGUAAGGACACACAUACUGCUGAUUCAAUGGCCUGUUUCCUUCUGUUUUCCUUCUGUUGAUCUGGUUUCAUCACUAUCCCAUGCAUCCUGUUCACACAUUCUAACCAUCACAUCACUGAUUUCUAAUGUCAUUAAAAACCCUUUCCCUGAUUCCAAGGGAACCAUCUGCACUGCCACAUUAGAAAAAAAAUAUAAUCCUUUAACAACAUGAUGCAAAAUCCACAAAGAUUUUGAAAACCUGAGUCUGCUGAGAAAACAAGGAGGCAAAAGGAUAAGUAAACAACAACAACAAUUCAAUUACGUCCUUCACUGCCAGUUUCUGUGUUGUUUGUGAUAGAUGUCAGGCAAAUAAGAGCAAUUUUUAAUCAUUUGUAGCUCUGAAUGACAGGAUUUUCUAGUUAUUUCUAAAUCAAAUGUGUCAAAAAUUGCUUAACUGCUGAGCUUAGUGUAACAUCUGUGGCCAGGAUGUUUCAGAACCGGAUAAUGUCAAAGUGCACGGCUGGAAAUGAGAAUCAAUUUGCCUUUAGUCCAUAAAUAAGUGAAAGGGUCUGACUGGGGCCUGAAGAUUGUGAAAUGCAGGUUGUGUAACAUUUUAACAAAACCACGCCAGAUUUCUGGGAGAGGUGGUAGGUCAGAGGUGUGUUUAUUCAUUUCUGUUGGAUGAAGUAUUAAAGAUCCACUCUGUGCAUGCGUGCACUUGUAUGCUUAGUAGGUAUACCCUUCAGCCCGUCACUGUGUCACUGCGUGCGUUUGUGUGUGCGGAUUUGUCACAAUGUUCCCUUGGCGUUCAGGUCCCGAAAACGUUAGCGAGGAUAAUAAUAAACUAAAAUUAAGUUACAAAACUGUAGGAACGGCUUACAGUCCCAUCAAUGUUCCACCAGAAGAUUUUGAGUUGUGUUUUUUGUUUUAAAGAGAAUCUUGUAGAAGAUUUACUUUACAACACUCUAAAGAUGAAAGGUGUAAAGGCGUGCAAUAACUACUUUGUGCCAAGUCACGAACCAACAAUUUUUUUUUUAAAAAGACAUAAAAAAAGACAUACUAUGAAAUGUACAAAAUGUUUAUUCACUAGUUGUAGUUACGAAUCACAAAAGAUAAUAAAAUCUAGGCAAAACAAAACAAAGGUUGGUGCUUCUAUCUAACUUGUGCCGCCCUGACGCUCGUAAACACUGAAUUAUGACUACCUUACAUCAUGAUGGAAGAAUGUCAAUGUACACGAGCAUGGUGCCAAACAUUUAGCCUUCCCAUUAGAAUGAAUGUAUAAUGUUUGACUGUUUUAUGGUGGGUCACAGUGCAUAAACAGUAACUCUUCACGUCGCUUUGGAAAAUUAGUGUGAGGAUAAGGCUUAAUCAGUAUUUCUAUUUCUAUGUAAUGCACUUACUCUUAGCCCUUUCUGUCUCAUAACAUGAACACAUCGACAACUGCUAUGUAUCAUUGUUGCUAUGUGAGUCUACAAAGCAGUCUCAUUAUGUACUGUAUGUUGCCUUUUAUUUUUUUGAAUCACCUCCUCUUUUUCGACACACGGUGAAACGGUGAUGAGAGUUACAUGCGGCUGUUACGCUCUGUCCUCAUAUUUUCUUAGACAAUGUCACUUGCUUGCUGAGUUUGCUCUGUGUGCAAAUCAUUUAACAAGUGUCACUGAGAUCCAUGUACCGCAAAUGUUUUGUUUUUCUUUAUUAGGAAAAAAAAGAAAAAAAAUCACAAAAGCCUUGCUUCGGUUCUUAAGGGAUAUAUGUUUGUUUUAGUUUCAGUAUACAAACGGCCAUUCCCAUUUGCACAUGAAAUUAAUGAAGAUGUAUUUAUACAUUUAUGAUAAUUUAAUAGGGAUGCCAAAACUGACCACCGAAGCCUGGGACAUAUAAAUGGUAUUUAACAGCAUCGAUGAGUUAAGAGCAUUUACAACUUGUAGUUAGCAUUCUAGAGUUGUUUGUGAAGGAUUAUUUGUAUUAUUUUCUAUUUGUGUAAUGUACAAUGUAUCAACGUAUAGGUUUUUUUUUUUGUCUUACAAGGCUAUUGUGUGCACUAUGCAAUAGAAUUUGGGUAUAAAAUGCACUCCUUUUUGAUUGAAAAUGUUUGUCUGCUUAUACAAAAUCUACAGUACUUGAUUGUAUUGAUACCACGUCAAUAAAAACAAAGAAAAAAAUGCCUUGGAUGCUGGCGUGAAACUUCAUUGACUUUCUGUUGUAUGGUUAUGUAACAAAGAAAAUAUAUAUUAACUGGAAUACAGAGGCUACUACUACAUCUUAAAAAAAAUCAGUAACAGUAAAAAUUCAGUAGCUCGUGUGCGGAGCAAUCUGUUGCACGUAAAAGAACUGACACUAGAGGGAGAUAUACAAUUAUAAACAGCGUUUCAGGCCUCGGAGAGAUGGGUGAUUGCAUAGUAAGUUUAGGACUGAAAAGAGGAACAGGUAGACUUUUCCUUUUCAGGUCAGCUCGCUGGAUGUAGAUGGAAGCAACACAUAUCUUUGCAUAAAUAUUUUGCAUGUUGAAUAUAUGGGUUAUCACGUAAGCAUAAGAGUAUAAAUGGAUGGAUAGAUAACUACAUUAAAUGUGGAUAAACAAACAUAUGAAUGAGCUGGCUUUUAAUUAAAACAACUAAACUAACUCUGAUGCGUGACUGGAGGCGAUUCAACAGUCUGUACUUUUCGAAACAAAACGGUUCUUGUAACCAAUCCAUGUGCUUAGAUAAGAAUAAAAUCUAUUUUUAAAAAACAGCCCAUGAGUUCAGGGAUAAUAUGGUGCUAUUACUUGCUGGAACUGUCGUCACCAUGGUGAGCUGUCAUCAGUCAACCGGAUUCUUCUUACGUCGUACUGACGUCAGACCAUCCAUGCUGCAUUCGAGAGAUCCCGGUAAUUCUGGCGCAGUGACCGCAGAUACAACCUGAUGCACAUACAUGUGCUGUUAUAGAGAGAAGUAAUAGAAGAUAUGAAAAGUUACCUACACUAAAGCAAAGUGAGGAACGACCUUGAAGCUAAUCCCUUCAGACGUUGCCAUGCAUGUCACUUAAACUUUAUUCCAGUUUCCGCUUCCUGAUAGUUAAAUUGGUGACGAGGAAACACUCAAACAAACAAGAAAAAAAUGCUAGGAUGAUCUGGGAUACACGCGUCUGUCGUUUAAAGUUUUCCGAGGUUUGCAGAUUUCUCAGGUGGCCCUCAUUUUGUUGACUAUUAAUUCGCACUGCCUGGUCGAUAUUUUUCCGACGGUCCCUGAAGGUCUUGUACAAACUGAGGAGGAGGCUCCUCCCCGACAACAGUUCCCGACCUCCGACGAGAUCUCAGGCUGCCACACUAAAGAGGAACAAAAAGGCGAUCUGACAGCGCUUUCUGCACUCCCUCCACUUUCUCCGGGGUAGUCACGGGAUUUCAAUGUUCAGCUUGCUCUUUGUAAGUACUCAAUGACUAAAAGAUCUCAGCAAACCUCUGGGAACUUCUUUCUGCCUCGAUUGAAUGUAAUUCUAGUGCUAUAGAUCCGCUAGAGCCCACUGAAAAGUUGAGUUCCAUAUGUUAGGUGAUCGCCACACUGCCGGGCAGCCAAAGUAAGUUGCAUGAGGAGUCGUCCGAGAAUAGUGUCCAGUAUGUAGCCACGUUAAUGGUAGCUCGCAGAGCAAAGCUUAAGACGGUUUAAUCGUGUGCUACAAUCGGUGUUGAAAAUCCCGUUAAAGGUAUGAAUGUUCAUUCUCACUGCCUCAGAUAUCCGUGAUAUCCGCACUUGAGUCAGUUACCUUUUGUCUUGAUUGUUGCAGUGCUGCUGGUCUAAAAGAUUGCUGCUAAAAGCAAAGUGCGUUAGCUAGCCCGCUAGCUAACAUAGCUGCGCUAGCUUGCUAUCGCGGCUAUGGCUUUUUCCCUAAAGAAGAAAAUCGCUGACUAGCAUUAGGACUACUAACAGGACUAUGUCAUAGCUUGUGUUUUUCUUUUAGAACAGAAUACGUUUAGUUGUAUUCAUAACGUGGUGUUUUCUAAACUGACCGUCGUUCGGAAUACCACAAGUGCUAGCGCUACCUUAGCGCUACACGGUGCAAGGGUGUACAGGUUACCGUAGAAUUUCUUCUGAACAACGUGUAUCAUAUUGGCAAUGAAUACUUGUGUUAACGUUAACAAUUGUCCUGGCUAGUAGUACUACUGUUAUGUGUAUAAGAUGCUUAAGUUAUUUGUAGUUGUGGAAAGCUGCGUGGUAACUAUAUGGCGACUAAGCUAGCCAGCUGCCUUCCGCCCUUUGUGACAAAAUCUUGACCUGCAGUAUAGUUCACCCAUAUGCUAAAGGCCAAUUGCCAGGCUGACGGGUUGAUUUUUUUUUUUUUCUUAAACCGACAAAAGAUUUGUCAUGUCUGUUUAUGUUUGUCGUCGCGGCUACUGGACUGGACUGUCGUGCUCCUUGUCUUUAUUGCUUGCUGUCUGGUUGGAGUCGGAAAAUUUGCUCGGUUUCGACGAAAAAAGGAGAGAAAAAAAUGGCCAACACUGGAGUUAGGUGGGUCUAUAAUUUAGCCUCGUCUGGUUUCCUAAAACAGCAAGCGCCCAACCAUUUAGCCAUGUGGGUUGAAGUGAAAUGAGGAAAUGCAUUUCGGGAGGAAGUUGACUAGAGCAGCUGUGACACUAAAGGCCGCGGCACAUUCCCAUGCCUCUCAGUUUUCAAUUUAUGACCUUCCACUGAUUUGAGGCUCCCCUCUGGUAGUAAAUUCUAGUGGGCGGCUAAUACAAGUGAAUAGCCAUCCUACCAACAGGGCGGAUGAGUCAAUCAGUAACUGGUGUAACAGGUAAGCUAAUUAUAUACUCCCGAUUAUGAGUCACUGCAAGGUGACCUGGUUUGCCUGUUGAUAGGAUGAGAUGAGUGAUUGCAUUCAGGAAAAAAAAGCUAAGGGAAUGUUGGGACACUACAACAGAAAUAAUAGAAAGUUGCAGUGAGUAAUGUAAUCAAUAAGGUCUAUACUCUUGCUUCAUAAAAGGUUAGACUUUCACAACUUCAGUAUUGUAAUGCUUUGCAGUCUUCAGACUCCACUGGCAUUUUAUUCUUUGUGGAAGUAGGUCGUUUGAACAGAUGACCCGCUUUAUUUUGUAGCUAAUUGACACAUGAUGCUCUGGCCAAUCUAGAAAUAGCAACUCUCACUCAAUCUGCUUAUAUAGCACAUCCCUCAGCUAAAGUCAGCCCUAUACUGCUUGGGUGGGCACUCAUUUUUGUGAUCAGACUCUGCAAGGCAAACUUCUAUUACCUGUAACUUUUGUAAGCCAAACUUGAAUUAUCCUUAUUUGAGUUUUGCUAUUUUCUCAGCUAAAUCAAACUUGUUGUUUAAAGACUUAAUAUGCUGGUUGGUUGCUAAUUUAUGCCUACUAGGAGCAAAGAAAAUGCCCUGUGACAAGAUGGGAAGUUCUCAGCCUUGGUUACUGUAACUGUGAAAGGUGAACCCAGUGUGCAGUAACUUGAUAUCAGCCUACAAAGGAGUGUUACUGGGGGAGAAGAACACCUAUGUUGUAGCCUGCUGGCUUUCAGCCCAUCAAGCCACAGGGGGGUGACUGAGUGUUGAAAGGUAGAGCAGAGGAGGCCAUUCCAUACUGACUGCUUAAACACAUUUUAAAAUUUAGCUACUCUCCCUAUCUGUGGUGGGAAUGGAACACGAAGUUUUUGGUUUUACAAUGGGCUCACUCCUAUCUUUGGCUGCAGUAGAAGUUGUUUUGAAAUUGGUAUAAAGUGGCAAGCUAAGAUUAGUUGGCCACUGUUUGUGCUACCUCUUUUCAAAGCGAUUAAGUGAAGCCCAUAUGUAGUUACGCAUUAGUGGGCACCUUUUUGUGAGUAGCUCGUUUAUUGCAAAGUGUGUGGAUUAAUGAAUCAUGCAGUGAUCGGCACAGUGUUUACUGUUGUUGCCACAGUGUUGGGGUAAAGCAAAGGCGCAGGCUCAGUGGCACUGGCAGCGUUUCACAGAUUGACACCUCUCCUAGAUUGCUGUUGCAGGGGGUUCCCGCUGAAACUAUAGCAACAGGUAGGAAUAGGAUCCUCCUUUGUUUUUUGUGUU